UUUUGGAGCAACACAGCUGUUGCAUUUUUCAAUAAUAAUUGUGUUUCGAUCCCAUCCUUCUCACCAUUCUCCAAUCCACGUGACCGUUGGCGUGGCUUUGGCUUUGCUGUUGGGGCAACACCAGCACCAGCAUGGGCUCAUAUCAGUGUUAGCAUUUUAUUUUCUCCUUCAUUGAUUCCGUUCCUCAAAGGACUCAUCCGCUAGAAGAAGAUCGGUGGCUUGUAGUGCUAAAAAUAUAAAAACAAGUCUAGCCAUUCAGCCUCGGAACUGUAGAUUCCUCAGUUCUCGAUAUGGAUGAACAAGGGAAGCGGUGAGCUCUGGAGUCAUGUUCAUUGGUGACAAGAUGAAGGCCCGUGGAAACACGAGGUUUCUGCACUAGAAUAUUUGACAACGGAGGUCCGCUGCCAAAUCUUCGCACAUUUCAAACCCCAAGUUCGUGAUAGUGGAUUCCUCAACAGCAGAGCCUCGCCGUGUAAGAUAUGAGCUCUCUGACCGAAGGCUUGAGAAGGAUUGACUCUCUCCGAUAGUGCUGGAACUAAACGAACCCCAUACGUUCUAAAAAUCGAAGAGUUGGAGUCUGGAGCGAUCUCAUGGAUAUUUAAACAGGGUGGAAUCAGCCUUCAAUUUAAAGCAACCGCCUUCAAAAUAUCAAUUUCCCAGAUUCGCAUACCUAUAUCCCUCGAGAUAAAUCGGGUCUUCAUCCAGCAUGAGUGCUGCAUAUCUUCGGACGCAAAUUCUUGCAAAUGCCAAAUUCCUCUAUGGCCCAGAGAAGAAGUUUGAGAUCAUAACCGGGCUCGUGUUCCUCGGCAUGUACGGAAACAUUCAAGCAAGCAAUGCAAUUCUUGUAACGACAGACGCGGACGCUGGAACCUUCCGAACGCACCUUGUUGGUACUCCCAAGGAGCAUAUCGAUGACGCGAUGAUGGAGCUGCAUAAUGAGGUCACGAAGAAGAUUUAUGAGAAGUUGUCUGUGGGUUUGGACGAAAAUGCCGCGAUAGAGGCUGGAGAGACAGUUAUUGAAGGGACGCUGGAUUGGUGAGAGGCCUGCAGGAUGACAUGGGGAUAGUUGGUUUGAUGGGAUUUCAACCCAAGCAUGAUCCGUAAAAACGGCUUUAGCUUUCAAUAAAAUGAUUAACACAAGCUGAUUUCGAAGUCCCUUAUGUCAACUGUUCUUGACAUUCGCAUGCAAACCCAACAUUGUUGGCCAAGUAAAAUGCAAAGAUUUGGGCCUUUUCAUGAUAAUCUACUCCCUGAUCCGUUGAUAUUUUCAGUCAAUUUCCCACCAAGUCAUUGUGGGGAGGGGAGGCUUCAAAACAAUCCCUCAAGGCUAGGGCGGUGGUUCGCGGCCCCAUUAACUGCCAAUGGCCGGGAAACCACGGCAA